UGCAGUUUCUUUCAGUGUGCCUUUAAGAUUCUUUGCGCUCCAUUCUGCAAAAUGGCUGUGUGAUUAGAUAUGUCUCUCUUUACCCUGUAAGACUGGCCGUUUUCCGUGAGAUCUACAUCCGAAAAUUAGAAGAAUAUCUCGCCACAAACACCUACGGCUUACCUUGCACCAUGAGGAUUUUCAUUCUUUUCUUCAUCAGUUACGUGACAAUGACCUUAAACAAAGCUAAUGGCUCGAGGCGACUCCCCAGAGAGUCAUCAAGCGCUGCACUGCAAUCAUCCCAACUCAAUGUCGGAAGAGGACAUUCGUCUUCCACAGUCUCUUCGGCCGCUCCACUACCUAAUACAGCUUCAGCCUUUCAUUAAUGGUAAUUUCAGCAUUAUCGGCUAUAUGAAGGUGGAAGUGGAGGUCCUAGACACGACGUCAGAUAUUAUACUCCAUAUGCUUGACAUUGUCACAAAGAACGACACAGUUAAGGUUUUGACUUCGGGAGGCUUGGGACAGCGACAGGUUGGAAUUAUGAGUCAGAACUAUGACCCUGUGCGUCAAUUCUAUGUCGCCCGAACGGAGGAAGAGCUGACGAAAGGGGAGACGUACACUCUGCAAAUGGAGUUCCUCGGAUACCUCAACGACCAGCUUCGUGGCUUCUACAGGUCGACCUAUAAAGAUAAUAACGGAGAAAUGAAGUAUCUGGCUGUGUCGAUGUUCCAGCCCACGGACGCCCGCCGCGCCUUCCCGUGCUUCGACGAGCCAGCCCUGAAGGCGACCUUCGAGGUCCAGCUGGCGAGGGAGACCUGGAUGACGUCACUCUCCAACAUGCCCCUUGCCGAGACUCGGUCUGUGGAAGGUCAGAAUGGCUGGGUGUGGGACUGCUUCCAUAAUAGUGUCCGAAUGUCCACCAGCAUCGUCGCCUUCGCCAUCAUGGAUUUUUCCUAUGUCUCGUCCACCACAGACAAAGGCACUCUCUUUCGAGUGUGGGCACAGCCGUCAGCCAUUCAAAAAGCUGAAUAUGCCAGUGAAGUUGGUCCACAGAUUUUGGCUUUCUACGAAAAUUAUUUCAACGUGCCCUACUCACUUCCGAAAAUGGAUGUGAUAGCAGUUCCAGAUUUUAGUGUAGUGGCCAUGGAAAACUGGGGUUUAAUUACUUUCAAAGACACAGUUCUGUUGACCGAUCCAUCUACAGGCGGCAAGGAAAACCUCCUGGAUCCCGUGGCUCAUGAAGUGGCCCACCAGUGGUUCGGUAAUCUGGUGACGCCCAAGUGGUGGGACGACCUCUGGCUCAACGAGGGAUUCGCUACUUUCGCGGCCUAUCUCGGAGCCUUUCAUGUGGAGCCCUCUGUGAAGAAGAUGGAACCGUUUACCAUCAACACACUCCAUCCAAUUUUAGUUACCGACAGCUUUGAUUCCUCCCACCAAGUCAGCAUGUCUCCUGGCGAUGCCAUUGUCGAACUAUCUGAUGAUAUCAUCUAUAAUAAAGGGGCUUCUCUUGUUCGAAUGAUGCAACACUUCCUUAGCGAACCUACCUUCAGGAGUGGAAUCGAAAGAUACCUGAAAACCUUUUCGUACAGCAACGUAGAACAGGACGACCUUUGGGAACACCUGACCGCCGCUGCUCACCGUGACCGAAAGCUUCCCGAGAGCUUAACUGUGAAGACGAUCAUGGACACGUGGACGCUGCAGAAGGGCUUCCCCGUCGUCAAGGUAGCGAGGAGUUCGGAUGGUACCUCCGCCGACGUCUCUCAGGAACAUUUUUUGUUAAUGAAGGAGGAAGAUCUGAGCCAGACCCAAGCCUUGCGAUGGUGGGUUCCUCUUAGCUACACGUCGCAGGGCGAGGCCAACUUCGACCAGACAGAGGCUAGGAGGUUGAUGGAAGAUGCUGAAGAGAUAAUUACUAUCAAGUCACUGCCCCCGAACGACCAGUGGGUCAUCUUCAACCUGCAGCAGACAGGCUACUACAGAGUCAACUACGACGACCACAACUGGGGCCUCCUCAUCCAGCAGCUGAAGGACGACCACGAGGUCAUCCACGUCGUCAACCGAGCGCAGAUCAUCGACGAUGCCAUGAAUCUUGCUAGAGCCGGUCAGCUGAGUUACACAGUGGCCUUGGAGGUGUAUGCUUACCUGAAAAACGAAAAGGAAAACGCACCGUCCGUUGCUGCGAGAAACAAUUACGAUUAUCUGCGACUCAUGUUCUCGGGCACAGGUGCUGAAGCAGCUCUUGAGCAAUAUUAUUUGGACUCAACCUUGCAAGACGUGACAUCGAUCUCUCAAAUUCCACCAUCUUUUCUCGAGGAGGCGCAGCGUCUCUUGCACCAGUGGAUGAAUACCCCGGAAAACAAAAACAUAUUCCCACCAGACCUUCGCGGAGGGUUUAUUUGCAUGGCCAUUAGGACGAGCGGAGAAAAGGAAUGGAACUUCGUCUGGAAUGAGUACAUGAAGUCCAAUGAUGCCCUUGACAAAGCCACUCUCCUCAGGUCUUUAGCUUGCACCAAAAACGGUAACAUUUUGUCGAGAUUUUUGGAGAUGGCCAUUAAUCCUGACAGCGGGAUAAGAAUGGACGAUAUUGGGAUUAUUUUGCAAAGUAUCGACAAAAAUAGUGAAGGAGAAUCAGUAGCCUGGAAUUUCCUUAAAAAACACUGGAAUGAUAUCUUCCCGUUCAAGAGGCAGAAAAGAGGAGAACUGCUGUGGAUGAUGACUAUCACUUUUAAAACACAGGAUGCUCUCAGAGACCUGGAGGCCUUUUUGCAAGACAGUAACACUGAUCUGAAGGAAGUUACUGUAAGGGCGCGACAGGUGGUGGAGAGAACGAAGACCAACGUAAAAUGGAUGGAAACCAGCUUUCCCGAGAUUGUGCAGUUCCUGGAAAAUCGUGGUUAUUCGACGAAAGGCAACAGUGCUUAUCCAUGUUUUCUAAUUGAUAGUUCAUCCAUUUAUGUAUAA